UCUUUUACAGCUAGCAGCAAACUAGUUGCCAAUUCUAGAAACUCUUCAAUAAAACCCUUGAACUAAUUUUACUGUACUUAUUCCGCUUUAAAUGUUCUCAAAUGUUCUUUAAUUGCUGUUUUCGGCUAUGCUUUUCGUGUAGUCGGGUACUUUUUCGCAACAGAGGAUUUAAAAGAAGAGGAGGUGACUGGAGGACACUAGCAAAUGUAAACUAUACUAGCAUCACAGAUGUGCAACACAGGGCUGCAGUGGCUCCAAAACGCCUCUGUCACAGUAAAUUGGGGGACUUGUACAAGACCGAAUCUGUUCAGAGGCAUCUUCAGCAGCUCAUGGUGGAGUACAGAGACAUUAGCAAGAAACUACAAUACGCAUACAUCAGUGAAACAGACAGAAAAGUGCUAAUGAAGAAACAGACAGAGCUGCUGCCUGUGGCAAAGGUGUUUGAGAGCAUUGAGCAAGCCCUGAAGGACCUCGAGGAAGUACUGUCACUUCUACAUAGUUCAGCUGGCAGCAAAGACGAAGACCAACAACUCACCCUGCUGUUGAAAGAGGAGGAGGCACAAAUCUCCCACAAAAUUUUAGCCUUAAGAAAAGAUUUGAUCCAAGCUCUCGUGCCCUCAGACCCUCUUGACUCCAGCGAUGUGGUUCUUGAGGUUGUAUCAGGACGAACAACGGGAGGAGACAUCUGUCAGCAGUUCACCAGAGAAAUGUUUGACAUGUACAAGGGUUUUGCCUCUUACAAGAACUGGGACUUUGAGGUUUUGAACUUCACACCUGCCGAUUAUGGUGGUUUGCACCAUGCAGCAGUAAGAGUAGCUGGGAAGAAUGUGUACCGACAUCUGAAGCAUGAAGGAGGAACACACCGGGUGCAGAGGAUCCCUGAGGUGGGUCUCUCCUCCAGGAUGCAGCGUAUUCACACCGGAACCAUGACGGUCAUCAUCCUGGCUCAGCCUGUGGAGUUUGACGUCCAAAUCAACCCCAAGGAUCUUCGUAUCGACACAUUCAGGUCUCGAGGAGCUGGGGGUCAAAGUGUGAACACAACAGACAGUGCAGUUCGCAUCGUUCAUCUUCCUACUGGCAUAACAGCAGAGUGUCAGCAGACACGGUCCCAGCUGCAAAACAGAGACACGGCAAUGCGCGUGCUGAAGGCACGACUCUACCAAAGCAUGAUGGGAAAAGAGACAGAGCAGAGGCAUACAGCAAGAAAGCUGCAGGUGGGCACUCGUUCCCAGUCGGAGAGGAUUCGUACCUACAACUUCAGCCAGGAUCGAGUCACAGACCACAGGACUGGUUAUGUCACUAGAGAUAUUAAGGAGUUCAUGCGAGGAGGAGAGGCGCUCCAUGAUCUGAUCUCUGAUGUACUGGAACAUGCAGAGAGAGAGGCGCUAAUAGAGGCUGUGGAGAGCUGCAGCAGCAGGUCUGCACACAAGAAAGCUUAACGAUUUAUUACAGCAACAAGUUGGCCUAAAAUGUCACCGUUGCUGUAUUAAUCAUUUAGUAGAAGCUUUGUGGCGUGCUAAUCUUUUUGCAAUUUACCUUCAGAUGUACUGAGAAUGUUGGGUAUUUUAUGGCAAAUGUAUUUAUUAUUUGAUAUUAAAGCUAUUUAUGAUUAAGCAGUUGUCACAUUAUAACGCUGAUUUACACUUCUGCAUCUAAUCUGUGCUGUAGUUGCACAGAAUUAUUACACACCAGUGAAUCUGCAUGAACUGCAAUACUGUGCUCAAAUGCUAGUUGGAAGUUCAGAAGUUUUUGAAGUUCGAAAUUUUUAUUUUCAAUAAUUAGGGUUAUCAAGAUUAAAGUCCCUGUAAAGUGAAAUCCAAACAUUGGAAUAUUUUGGAAAAAGAUUGCUGUAAAUGUGAAAACCCUAUGACCUAUGUGUGACUGAAUAUUUGAUUAAGACGGCUCUGCUGCUGGCUUGGCUUUAUUACUAUGAAUUAACCUUGCCCCCUAAUGUUACGAUGAUAUAAAAUCACACAGCAGUUAAUCUCAGUAGUCUGUUGUAAGCUGAUGUCACUGCCUUCAUUUAAAGUUUACAGCCAGCUACAUGCUGUGUUUUUGUUCAUUGUGAGUUGUAUUUUCUAAGUCUAUAGGCCACAGUGGCCUACAGGUUAAAAUUAAGAGAGAUUUGUGCCAGAAAACAGUAAAUUUAAUCCUCAACUUCUGCCUCUGCUCUGGCACAGAGCCAGUCAGCCAGAAGCAUUUUUUUUUUAUUUGAGAGGAUCAUAUUUCUUGUUAGUGGGCAUGGCUUCAACGGACACACCCACAGCAUCCUAGUGUGGGCGUGUCUGCCUCAUUUCUCAUGACUUUAAAGCCUGAUUUAAUAAACUUAAGAUUUAUUUUUCAUGACUGAAAUUUGGCCUGGUAGUUCAUAACACAAUGGCCUGUCAUACAAAAACCUAAAAUAAAGAUUUUUUGUCACUUUACGGGGACUUUAAUCGCCUUAAUCACGAUUAAUGAAGGUUCACAAUUAGCGCAUUAAUUCUUUAAUAACCCCAAUUAACCACGUGCUCUAUUGUCAUUGACUUUGGUUUUUGCCCUGCAGCCACAUUGAUAUAAAAUAAGUUCAACACUGCUCUGUAAUGUCUUAUAUCAAUUAAAAAAAAAACUCAUACAGCUCAUUGGACAAGUCAAACAUUAUCUGCCCCUUUUACUAUCAGACAUUUACCCAUUUACUGUUCCCUUAUUUCUUUCUUAAUCCAUAAAAACUUCUUUUUGCCAUGGUUACAUUCAUUCUUGGCUGAUUUUGUGCAUGUCGCUGAUGUUUUUAACAAUAACUUACUCCUGCUUUCUUUAAACAGCCAAAAACAUACACGAGAGUACUCUACUAAACAGUUUUUAAAUAGCAGGAUGAGUCAGUGUUUAAAAACGGAGCUGAUGUGUUUUUCAUAGCUCAGUAACUGCGAUAGUAUUGACUGAAUUCUUCAUGAUUCUCUGCCAAUAAGGGUGUGAACCAGCAUAUCAGUUUCAUACACACACUCACGAGAAACAUGUCACACCCUGCGUG